UUGGAAAGCUGAGUAUCCCAGCAGCCUGUAGAAACAGAAAUACGUGCGUGGGUACCGAGCCGUGGACCAGAGGCCCAAACUGAAUGGCAGUUGCUCGGCUUGUUGGACAGAAUGACCUUAACUGAUUGAAGUCAGUGACACCCAGAAACUGUAAAGAAAGAAAACAGGUCUGAAGUUUGCCGGGUAACUAGGACACACGUAUCUACGGGAGACUCUGUCAAUAGAAGCUUAUUUUGUUUGUCACCGUGUGCAUUCCGGGGGUUAAUUAGAACUUCCGGGGAAGAAGGAAGCGUCAAGUGUUUCUGGAAGAGUUCCAGAUAUAUACGAGGGAGUGCUGGACAGAUUGGCGGCGGUAAGCACACCAUGAAUGACCACCUCCACAUCAGCAGCCACAGCCACGGACAGAUCCAGGUUCAGCAGCUGUUCGAGGACAACAGUAACAAGAGGACAGUGCUCACCACACAGCCCAAUGGGCUGACAACCGUGGGCAAGACGGGCUUGCCUGUGGUGCCAGAGAGGCAGCUGGAGAGCAUCCACAGACGGCAGGGGAGUUCCACCUCUCUGAAGUCCAUGGAAGGCAUGGGGAAGGUGAAAGCCACCCCCAUGACCCCCGAACAAGCGAUGAAGCAAUACAUGCAAAAACUCACAGCCUUCGAACACCAUGAGAUUUUUAGCUACCCCGAAAUAUAUUUCUUGGGUCCAAAUGCGAAGAAGCGCCAAGGCAUGACAGGCGGGCCCAACAACGGUGGUUACGAUGAUGACCAGGGGUCCUAUGUGCAGGUGCCCCAUGAUCACGUGGCUUACAGGUACGAGGUCCUCAAGGUCAUUGGGAAGGGGAGCUUUGGGCAGGUGGUCAAGGCCUAUGACCACAAAGUCCACCAGCACGUGGCCCUGAAGAUGGUGCGGAACGAGAAGCGCUUCCACCGGCAGGCGGCGGAGGAGAUCCGGAUCUUGGAGCACCUACGGAAGCAGGAUAAAGACAACACCAUGAACGUCAUCCACAUGCUGGAGAAUUUUACCUUCCGCAACCACAUCUGCAUGACGUUUGAGUUGCUGAGCAUGAACCUCUAUGAGCUCAUCAAGAAGAAUAAGUUCCAGGGCUUCAGCCUGCCUCUGGUGCGCAAGUUUGCCCACUCCAUCCUACAGUGCUUGGAUGCUUUGCACAAAAACAGAAUAAUCCACUGUGACCUUAAGCCCGAGAACAUUUUGUUAAAGCAGCAGGGGAGAAGCAGUAUUAAAGUGAUUGACUUUGGCUCCAGUUGUUACGAGCACCAGCGUGUCUACACGUACAUCCAGUCGCGCUUUUACCGGGCUCCGGAAGUGAUCCUUGGAGCCAGGUACGGCAUGCCCAUUGAUAUGUGGAGCCUGGGUUGCAUUCUCGCGGAACUCCUGACGGGUUACCCCCUCUUGCCUGGGGAGGAUGAAGGGGACCAGCUAGCUUGUAUGAUUGAGCUUUUGGGCAUGCCCUCCCAGAAACUCCUGGAUGCUUCCAAACGAGCCAAAAAUUUCGUGAGCUCCAAGGGUUAUCCUCGAUACUGCACUGUCACGACUCUUUCGGACGGCUCUGUGGUCCUCAAUGGAGGCCGGUCCCGGAGAGGGAAACUGAGGGGUCCACCAGAGAGCAGAGAGUGGGGGAACGCACUGAAGGGAUGCGAUGAUCCUCUUUUCCUUGACUUCUUAAAACAGUGUUUGGAGUGGGAUCCCGCAGUCCGCAUGACCCCGGGCCAGGCUUUGCGGCACCCUUGGCUCAGGAGGCGCUUGCCAAAGCCUCCGACUGGGGAGAAGACGGCGGUGAAGAGGGUCACGGACAGCACUGGUGCUAUCACGUCGAUUUCCAAGUUACCUCCACCUUCCAGCUCGGCUUCCAAGCUGAGGACUAAUUUGGCACAGAUGACAGAUGCCAAUGGGAAUAUUCAGCAGAGGACAGUGUUGCCAAAACUCGUUAGCUGAGCUCCAGUCCCCUGAUGCUGGCAAGCUGAGAAAUGCGUUGUAGCUGAGCCUUAUUGGGUUGAAAAAGUGUAGCUCAGACCUGUUUUUAUUUGCUCAAAAACUCGACUUAUUUGUAUCUUUUCAGCACUUGAUGUAAGACAAGUUUGUUUUGUUUUUAUAAAUACAUGGGGACAAUG